CCCGGCUGCUGUGUGGGAGCUAUGGCGGCCUCUGAGGCGGCGGCGGCCGGACCCAGGGCUCUGGCCUCGGGCACCCCGGCCGUCCAGGCGGCCGCGAGGGGAGCCGCCGCCGCCUCGGGCCUGUGGGGGCCACCUGGACGGCUGAGGGGUAGUCGGCCGCGGCCCGCAGCGGCGAGGCAGCAGCCCGGCGGUCCGACACUGCCGGCUGGGGAGCUGAUACAGCCGUCGGUGAGCGAGCUGUCUCGGGCCGUGCGGACAAACAUCCUCUGCACUGUGCGCGGCUGCGGCAAGAUCCUGCCCAACAGCCCCGCGCUCAACAUGCACCUGGUCAAGAGCCACCGCCUGCAGGAUGGCAUUGUAAAUCCAACAAUAAGAAAAGAUUUGAAAACCGUACCCAAAUUCUACUGUUGUCCAAUUGAAGGAUGCCCUAGAGGGCCUGACAGGCCAUUCUCUCAAUUUUCUCUCGUAAAACAGCACUUUAUGAAAAUGCAUGCCGAAAAGAAGCAUAAAUGUAGUAAGUGCAGCAAUUCAUAUGGCACUGAAUGGGACUUGAAAAGACACGCAGAGGAUUGUGGCAAGACCUUCCAGUGCACGUGUGGCUGUCCCUAUGCCAGUAGAACUGCAUUACAGUCCCACAUCUACCGAACUGGCCAUGAGAUCCCUGCAGAGCACAGGGAUCCACCUGGUAAGAAAAGGAAAAUGGAAAACUGCCUGCACAACCAGAAGUUGUCCAGUAAGACCACUGAAUCAUUGAGCAACCAACCAACCCCGAGAUCCGACACUCAAGAAUUGGAAACUUCAGAAAUAAAGCUAGUUGCUUCUUUUGAAGACUCUUGCAGCUCUAAUUCCAGAAAGCAGACUCUUACAACAGCUCCAAGAUACUCUCAGAAGUUGCUUUUACCAAAGCCCAGAGUGGCUUUGGUUAAACUACCCGUUAUGCAGUUUUCUUCUGUGCCUGUCUUUGUGCCUACAGCUGACUCCUCAGCCCAGCCUGUGGUGUUAGGUGUUGAUCACCAGGGCUCUGCCCCAGGUGCUGUGCACUUACUGCCCUUGUCAAUAGGAACCCUGAUCCUUGGACUUGAUUCAGAGGCCUGCUCUCUUAAGGAGAGCCUUCCUCUUUCAAAAAUUGUGAAUCCUGUUGCUGUUGAGCCAAUUAGUACAGGUGUUCAGGUGAACUUGGGUAAAAGUUUGUCUAAUCCUUUACAUGAACUAGGGAACACAUGUCAAAAGAACAGCAUUUCUUCAAUCAACAUUCAGACAGAUCUGUCUUAUGCCACACAAAACUUUAUACCUUCUGCACAGUGGGUGAGCCCUGAUUCCUCUGUAUCGUCUUGUUCUCAAACUGAUUUGACAUUUGGUUCACAAGUUUCCCUACCCAUUAGUGUUCAUACUCAAACGUUUUUGCCCAGUUCUAAGGUAACUUCAUCUAUAGCUGCUCAGACUGAUGUGUUUUUAGAUGCCUGUUUCCAGCCUGGUGGAAUCUCCAGAGAAACUCAAACCAGUGAAAUGCAAAGUCCAGCAGAUGACCGAGUACAAAUGGACCAAGCUGUAAUGUGUGGAGACAUUUUUGAAAGUGUCCAUUCAUCAUACAGUAUUUCUACAGAUAAUAUUCUAAGCAGCAGCUUAGUAGGAGAGACUGUAACUCAUGGUUUGUUGCCUCAGAACCACCCUAAGACUUUAAGUCAAGAUAUUGAGAAACCUGCACCAAUUAUAAACUUCAAUGCACAGAACAGUAUGCUUCCUUCACAGAACAUGACAGAUAAUCAGACCCAAACUAUGGAUUUAUUAAGUGAUUUAGAAAACAUUUUGUCAAGUAAUCUGCCUGGUCAGACACUGGACAAUCGUAGUCUUCUGUCUGACACAAAUACUGGACCUGACACCCAGCUCCCAUCCGGCCCAGCCCAGAAUCCUGCAAUUGAUUUUGAUAUCGAAGAGUUCUUUUCGGCUUCAAAUAUCCAGACUCAAACCGAAGAGAGUGAGCUUAGCACCAUGACCACAGAGCCAGUCUUAGAAUCACUGGACAUAGAGACCCAAACUGACUUCUUACUUGCAGACACUUCUGCCCAGCCCUACAGUUGUAGGGGAAAUUCUAAUUUCUUAGGCCUUGAAAUGUUUGACACACAGACACAGACAGACUUAAACUUCUUUUUAGAUAGCAGCCCUCAUCUGCCUCUGGGAAGUAUUCUGAAACACUCCAGCUUUUCCAUGAGUACUGAUUCAUCUGACACAGAGACCCAAACUGAAGGAAUCUCUGCUUCUAAAAACAUACCUGCUCUAGAAAGCAAGGUUCAGCUGAACAGUGCAGAAACACAGACCAUGCAUUCUGGCUUUGAAACCCUGGGGAGCUUGUUCUUCACCAGCAAUGAAACUCAAACAGCAAUGGAUGACUUUCUUCUUGCCGAUUUGGCCUGGAACACAAUGGAAUCUCAGUUUAGUUCUGUAGAAACCCAGACGUGUGCAGAACCACACACAGUCUCCAACUUCUAAAAAUGGAGACCACGUGUGGGAUGCAUUUACAGUUUCCUUCUGGAAUUAGAAAAUGAGCAGAGAAACAGUAUUAACUCUGUUAAAUGUAGCUGAUAUGCAGUUGCUUUGAUUCUUUGAGGUUCUUUGCCUUUUGUACUUGUAAACAUGAAAUUUGUGUAUAAACGUGAGUGUAUUAUAAAUUGAAGAUGUUGAUCUAAAAAGGAUUGCAUUGCAUUGCCUACAUUUGCCCUUUCAUUGCUAGCUAGUCUUUCCAUAUUUAAAAAGAAAAAAGGAAUUUCUCACCUUCAAAACCCAUUUAGUCAUUUAGCUGAAGCCGAGGUUACCAGGUACUAGGGUGCAGACUUUUCAAAUCUCCAAAAUAUUUUAGUCUAAGUGUCUAACUUCAAUUGCACCUAAAAUAUUUUUGACAGUGCUUGUUAGAAAUUCCUGCUUCCUGAUAGUAAUACUUAAAUUUGAUGCUGUGCCAUCAGAUUUGAAUGCCAGCACUUAGAUGGUUUGAAACUCAUGCUCCCUGCAGCUUCAUCUGCUUUGACAUCUCACUCUUUUCUUACUUGCAGACACAAAAGAAAACACCUGCUUUUAGAUUUUUCAGACAGCUUUCAUGUAGUCUUUGCCAUCCCUUCUCUACAUGAACUAUAAUUGAUACCAAUGUGAGUGUACAGUACUUUCCUCACAAAAGGUGUUAUAAAAUUACUGCUUAGAGUGGUAGCAGCAAGCACUUAGUGUAAAUAAUGGUCCUUCUAAUCUAAAUAAGUCAUUCCAAUGGGUUGUGGAAUCAUGCCUAUUAGCUCAUUCCAGAAUGUACCGUACAAACAUCGCCACCUGUUCUCUACAGUAGGCCAGGGUGGUGCUCCAGAGCUGUUGGUUAGAGUGCACUGGCUGUGUCUGAAUUGUGUCACUCUAAAUUUUUUUAAAAAAUGGAAAAGGAAAAGGACAUUUCCCACUAAAUUUCAAUACAUUAGCUUGAAAGGGAAGAGUGCAAUCAACAAUUAAAGUGAGUCUUCUUUUCAUCCACCUGUCUUUUCCUUAAAUAAGGAAAGACAUUGGUCUAGCAAGAUAUUAUUUGUGCCUUGAGGAUAGCAAUUAUAGAAUAGAUCCAGCUUCUGCAUUUUGUUGCUUUAUUUGUUUACAAAGGUUAAUACCAACCGGUCUUCAAAGAAAACUGAGGUGAAGACCAAUUGUGUCAAUAAUCAAGAACAUCUAUGUUUUGAGACGGGAGCAUGGUCAAGGAUGCUUUGGGGAUUUUCUGUAUUUAGGAGAUCCUGAAUUCUUGAUUGUUGGCCAACUUUCAGGCAAGUAAAAAUCAAUGCAGCCUGCAGUGUAGGUUUUCUAACUUUAUCAAAAGAAAAAGAAAGCUCUACCUUCUGUGGCACAUGCUUGUGCUGCUAAAGCCUAAAUCCUCAAAAUAAAACCUAAGGAGGGGACUAAUUCAUUAAAUUGUGUUGCUAAUUCCUACUUCAUAGAAUUAUUGUUUGUAAUGGGUAAAUAGCAUAUCCUGGGCAGAUGAAUUCGACCUGGUAGAUAAACGUUUGUUUUGGUCAAGUUGCCUAUGAAUAUGGAUUUCAAAACAAACAUAAAGCCUUAACUUAGGAUUUCAUUAUGUUUUAGAAUCAUCACUGCCUUAAUGUUCACACAUCUCUUUUUAAGUUCUCCUAGUAAAGGAGAAAUGCAUGUUUGUUUAUAGCUUUUUGUACAUAUAAAUGCAGUGAUCUAUGGCUUUAAUUUUUUUUUGUUUCUGUGACAGUGUUUGUUGAUCCAGCCAAUAGAAUUAUUUAUAGAAAAUGGAGCAUGUUAUAGUUCUUUAUGUACAUGGAAGAAAUGUUUCCCCAAAAACCUUAGUUACCUGAAUUGUUCUAAGAUUAUUUGUAAAAACUGAAAUUCGGUUAUUAA